CACCGGGAAAAGAGAUCAAAGACACUGACAAGGCGUUGUUUUCACGAGACUCGUUGUCUGUAGAUUAAUUAUACUUCCACUUCUCUAUGUUAGCAGUUGUGUUUUAGACUAUGGAGGAGCGCCAUUUAUCUCGCGCGGAAGCUGUGAAACUCCUGAAGGCGAAAUUCUUAGAAGCACUGCAACGUAACGACGCAGCCGAGGUGGAAAAACUUCUCCGUACCACCAACAUUGACAUAGAUACGGUGUUUGAUGUGGAGGACCGCAGCAUGGUUCUGGCCUCAUAUAAGCAAGGUUACUGGUUACCAGGCUACAAGUUGGAGUCGUCUUGGGCGAUGGGCAUUCAUGUGUGCAUGAUGUACAACGCUGUAGAGAGUGCCCUGGUGCUUCUUCAGAAAGGGGCGGCGCUGAACAGAAAGCCCAACGGCAAGACUCCACUGCACGUGGCCUGUGAGGUCUCUCACGCGGACUGCGUGAAUCUGCUGCUGAACUGGGGGGCAAAAGUCAACAGUGUGUCGCUGAGCGGACACUCCCCACUGCACUAUUGCAUCACGCCGGAGUCCGUGGCCUGUGCCAAGCAGCUCAUACUGAAAGGAGCCGAGGUAAACAUGCCCAGCCAGAACACUGAAGAGGAUACUCCACUGCACACAGCCGCACGGUUCGGCAUCUCCGAGCUCGUGGCACUGUACACCGCCCACGGUGCCGAUGUGGAUGCAGCCAACAGCCACAUGGAGACACCACUGAUCACCGCCGCAUUCUGGGCCAUGGAUUCACGCGAGCAGACGUACAGUGCCAACCACCACUUGGUAAGCCGCAUGCUGCUGGACUACGGUGCCGACCCCAACCUCCAGGAGGAGGACGGGAAGACGGCCUUGCACAAAGCCUCCUGGAACUGCGACCAUGUGCUGAUGCAGAUGCUGCUGGAGGCAGGUGCCAAGCCCAACAUCAUGGACAUGAAUGGCUGCGCUGCCCUGCAGUAUGUGCUGAAGGUGAUGCAGGUUCGGCCGUUCGCUAUACCUGAGCGCUGCUUCCAGCUGCUGCUGAACUAUGGAGCAGCCAAGGCCUACCCGAAACAGUUCCACAGGGUGUUGCAGAAUUGCUAUGACUAUCCCAAGGCAGUGGAAGUGAUGGGGAAUUCCUAUGAACGUCUCAUGAAAACCAACAAAUGGAGGUCAGCUAUUCCUGAUGCAACAUACAAUCGUCACAGCGAGUUCUACGACUCCUUGUUUGCUGUUUGCACCAACAGUCCACGUACCCUGCAGCACCUGGUGAGGUGUGCCAUCCGGAUAGCAGUGCAUGGCCACUGUGAAUCAGCCAUCCAGCAGCUAUCACUGCCGCUGGCGAUUAAAAGAUACCUGCUGUUGGAGCCUGUAGGGAUCAUAUACUAGAGACUGCGCUCUGAAAAAUCAAAUUGUGCUGCCUCUGCAAAUGCAAAUACCCCGGCUGCAAAACUCAGGCUCUGUUUACAUUAUUGUAUUUCUUCAGAGGAAAAAGGAUGUUUCCAGUUUUUUGUGCUGACCCAUAUUUAAAAUGAUAUUGAAAUGGUUAUGUUUACUUUUUCUAAGAUACUGGAAAUAUUACUGUUAGGUUCAUGUAUGAAUUUCUUCUUUCAAGGAAAUACAUUCAUCAAACAAACAAAACCAUGUUGUAAUGCACAAGGCAGUGCAUGAGAUGAGAUGGCCAUUGUUAGCAGUGGCACUGAAAAAGUGAAUAAUGUGUUAGUAAGAGAAAGGUCAGGCCCCAAAAUAGAACCAUACACUUUCUAAAGGAGGUCUGGUGUCACACUCUGUCAGUGUGCUCCUGAUGGCUGAUGGAAAAGCAGAACAGCUUGUUCCUGCAUUCCAUGUGGCUGCACUGGCCCUAUGCCAGAACCAGCCACUCUCUUCUGGAACACAGGCAUGUAAGGGAAGGAUGAUUGGAAGGGUGACACAGAGAAACAUUUGGAGAGAACACUCCACCCUGGAAGGGCCUGCAAUGCAUGCACAGUGCAUUGCUAUGUUUUUAGCAAGAGUACCAAGAAUCUUUCAUGCAACAUAUGAACAUUCUUUUCAUGUAUUUUUGUUGUUUGUUUCAGGGGGUAUAUACAGUUAGAGAUGGUCUUGGUGCCAAAUCUGCGUGCUAGCCUUCAAAAGUUUGGUUUAUAAGAAAUAAUUAUUUGGGGGUAGAUAUUUGGGGUAUAAGUAACUUACAUGUUUAUUAUAGCUCUGGUCAAUAUACACAAAUAAUGUAACAAAACCACAAAACUAUUUUCCUUAUUUAUUUUAUGUUUUAAUAGAAUCACAAUCAGUUGUGUGGAAACACAACCAGCCACUUCAAGAAAGCAGAAAGCAAUGCAUUAUACACAGUGAGGUGAAGAGAUAAAUAGGAAGUGAUCCUAUAAACUCUUUGCUACAACAGCAUAAUGGUUCCUGCCUUAUGUGAUAAGUGUCAUGUUGCCAUGACUACAAACACAUACUGAGGUAUGAAUGGAAGGACUGAUCAUUCCAACAGUCCAAGGUUAUAAUACAUGUAAUGUUCAAAAGAAAAUUUAUAUCUGAAUCUGACUGCUAGUUUGAUCUCUGUAAAAAGCAGAAACGCAAUGGCACAUUAGUAAAACUGGAACAGCUUGGCAGUGGCACGUAGUUACAAAGUAUGAAGGAAAGUGAUUCCCACUCUCUUCUAAACUAGUUACAGAAUUGAAUGAAUUGUGCUUGAAGAAGCAAGCAUUGCCCUUGCAAAUCCCAUGAAAAUGCUACACUACCGCAGCCCUUUGAGCAGCAUUCUUCAGAGAACCUUGUGGGUUAUUUCAAAUAAAUCAUACACAGCACUCUUGGAAUUCACAAACAGAAAAAUAUGGUGUGUGUUCAUCAUCCUGAGAACAUGUGAUUAAAAAUAAAAAUAAAUGUUGUUCACCCUUAGAAUAAUAUGAAACAGAAUAUAAUGUUGGCACUUCAGUGUUACUGUGUUAACAUUUAUAACUUAAAAAAUGACAAAAAUAGCUUUAAAUGGAAGCAAAGCAACUGUUCCAUAGUUCUGCACCAGCUUCAAGCCUGUGCAGAUGAAAUGCUGUUUGUAAAUGAUGAACUUACAGCAAGUUGUUCAGUCACUGCAUUGUUCAAACAAAACACUUGAAAUUUGUAACUUGGACACAAUGACCAUAUAUCGCAAAGUGUGGAUUCACUAAAGUUUGACACAAUCAAUCAGAAUCAGAGCUGCCUUGGACACAUGCAACACUAAUUAAAGAUAUAAUUAUAUUAGACUGGCCCUCAUAUUCUAUGUUUAAAAAAAAGUUCAUUUUGGGUAAUAUAAAACAAUGCCCAUUUGUUUACAUUCUGACAUGAUUAUGUUAAGCAGACAGCUAGUGGAAAAAUACACAAAAGCCUUUUUGUUUGUUUCAGUAUGCUGGUCAUACUGUUCAUAUUCUGUGUCUUGCAUCAGUACCUUAUU